AUAUUUUUAUUUUAUUUCGGUACACCGUCCACCGCCUCUACAUCUCAAAUCUCAAUCAUCUUCCACUCUGUGGGUUUCUCCUUCCUGGUCUUGCUCGAUCGUCUUUCUUUCCUCGGUUCUAUUAGUAAUCUCAGAACAAAAUCAUGGCUACAGAACCACCACCAGAAGCAGUCUCACUGCCGUCUCCACCCACGGAUGGCAUCACUGCCCUUUCCUAUCUUCCAGGACAACCGACUCUUUUGGCGUCGACUAGUUUUGAUGGAGCCGUGCGAAUCCAUGACACCAAUGAGAGAAAGUUUGUCCUUUCUCAGACGAUGGAAUCAGGACCUCUGUUGUCUCUGGCUACGCCAAAGGGCUUGAAUGCAUUAGUCACAGGAGGCCUCGAUGGAACAGUCCGAAUGUUUGACAUUGCGGCAACUCAGUAUCAAGUCAUUGGUCGUCACACUGCAGAAGAUCCAAAAUUGAUGGGCUGCAGCAGCCUUGGAGCUCUUGCUGCCAGUGGUGGCAGCAAUGCUCCCUUGAUUGCUUCGGCGGGAUGGAACUCUCAAUUUCAUCUUUGGGAUGUGCGACAAUCUUCCUCCAGCGCUGCUGCCACCAUUCAAUUACCCGGCAAAGCCUUCUCUAUGGACGUUGAUCCUGCCAAUCAAAAUCGAGUCGUCAUUGCCACGGCAGGAAGACGCAUUUGUGUCAUUGAUGUACGAGCCGGUGGCGAUGCAUCGUUGGUUUUGGAUCGAGAGUCUUCUCUCAAAUUUCAAUCGAGGGCAGUUCGCUUCUUUCCGGAUGGGAAUGGUAUUGCGCUGGGUUCCAUCGAGGGGCGGGUAGCAGUCGAGUUUUUGGAAGAAUUGGGAUUGCAGGCCAAAAUGAAAAAGUACGCCUUCAAAUGCCAUCGUCAGGGUGAUACGGUGUACCCGGUCAAUUGCAUUGCUUUUCACCCUCAAUACGGGACAUUUGCUACGGGUGGUUGCGAUGGAUAUGUCUCCACGUGGGACGGUCUUCACAAAAAGAAACUAACAACUCUUCCACAGUUCUCGACAUCCAUUGCGGCACUUGCUUUCAAUCAUGAUGGAUCUGAACUGGCCAUUGCUCCAAGUUAUACAUACGAAGACGGAGAACGAGAACAUCCCCGCGAUGAAAUCUUUAUCCGACGGAUGUUGGACUCGGAAUGCCAGCCCAAAACAAAAUAAAUAGAUCCUGAUAGCUAGCAAGACAGCUCUAGCUAGUAAUCAGAACCACGCA